CCUGCCUGACCUCCUGCAAACCCCAAACCUCGCAGUCUGGUCUCGCUUUCCCGCGCAACCACCUGCUCCCAGCUGCUCAGCCUCCUCCCUGCGCUGCCCCUCCCGCGACUCUUUCUCUCCCUUCGCCUCAGCCAUGGCUGCCACCACAUUGUCUACCUCCGCGCACGUCGCCGCCGCUGCUGGAUCUGCGCUGCAAUCUUCGGCCGCGCGCCUCUCCGCGAAGCCCGUGUUCGGCGCGUCGUUCCAGUCGAGGGAUCUCGCAGGCGCGCGCCUGGUGGCUCGUGAGGCUUCCGCCAGCGGCGCUGCCGGGAAUGCAGCCAUGUCCCCGUCGGUCGCGCGUGCAGCUCUUUCUCAGGACGACCUGAAGAAGCUCGCGGCGGAGAAGGCGGUGGAGUACGUGAAGAGCGGCAUGGUGGUGGGGCUGGGGACAGGCUCCACCGCCGCCUUCGCCGUCGCUAAGAUCGGCGAGCUGCUCAAGGAGGGCAAGCUGAAGGACAUCGUCGGUAUCCCCACCUCCAAGCGCACGGAGGAGCAGGCUCUGUCGCUCGGCAUCCCCCUGUCCGUGCUCGACGACCACCCCAAGCUGGAUGUGGCGAUCGACGGCUCAGAUGAGGUGGACCCCGACCUCAACCUUGUUAAGGGACGCGGGGGCGCGCUGCUGCGCGAGAAGAUGGUGGAGCAGGCAUCGGCCAAGUUUAUUGUGAUUGUCGAUGACACCAAGCUGGUGGAGGGUCUGGGCGGCAGCGGGCUGGCGAUGCCGGUGGAGAUCGUGCAAUUCUGCUGGAAGUACACGCUCAACCGCAUCAAGGCGCUGCCCGAGGUUGCUGGCUGCGAGGCCAAGCUCCGCAUGGAGGGUGACAAGCCCUAUGUGACGGACAACUCCAACUACAUUGUCGACCUCUACUUCACCUCGCCCAUCAAGGACUCGUACGCGGCGGCCAAGGCCAUUGACGGGCUGCAGGGUGUGGUGGAUCACGGGCUCUUCCUUGACAUGGCCACCACUGUCAUCAUUGCUGGCUCUGACGGCAUCACCGUCAAGAGCAAGUGAAAUCCCCGGUAGAUAAUUUUGGUUUGGGCACGUACUUCUAGGUGCGAAUGAGGCCGGUAAAUGUAGUAAUCUGUAACAGUCUUUGAGUUUUGUGAUAACUCUGACCAGUAUGCUGGCGUGUGCACAAUAGAGCAGUCAACGUUGAUGAGUGACUAUCAUAGUCAUUGAAGUGAGCUUUGGACAUACCGUAGUCCCUCGGAUGUAACACCCUGGGUACAGUACAAAAUUCAUGCAAAAUCA